AAUAACCUGUGCCACCCAAGCUUCGACUUGAAUGUGAAAUACAAAUUAAUUAACAUUGAAGAAAUGUAAAAUGGUUUCCGUGUUUACAUAGCCUGAUGUAAACACUUGGGGGGUUGGGAGAACACGAGGUAAGCGUAGGAAACCAAGACGCGAAGCGGAGUGGUUUCCUACCGCUUACCUAUCCAGCCUAUCGAGUGUUUACAUCAGGCUAUGUAAAAACGGAAACCAUUUUACAUUUCUUUUAUGAAAUAACUAAUGAAAGAGGAACGAAAACCGUGUUUACAUACGCUCAUGUAAAAUGGUUUUAUGGCCAAUCAGAGCGCGCGUACUAUUUUAAUUAUUUUAUAAAACUGCUUUAUCUUCGCGGCAAUAUCACGCUGGUAUUUUGACAUUCGGAUCGACAAGAACGGUGAUCGGGUAGCGAUCGCCAUGUUUAUUUCAUAAACGUGAUCGCUGACCAGCCGCUGAGUGAAAACAUUACGGUUCAGUGGUGAGGGCGGGGUGAGGGGUGGGUGCGGGAAGAUUAUCAGAAGAUUUUUGGGAACAUUCGAACAUAUGCAUUAAAGUAUCAUGAUAAACACUAGGACUGUCAGUCUUAAUGUGAAGGCAUGCUUCGUGUUGCAGACAACUUUUGUUUUACUUAGUAUUCUUUUUUUCUUUCAAAUACAUUUCGUUCCAAAUAGGACUAGCAUCAAUUCAUAGAUUUACAAAUAAAACUUUACCACGUAAAUAAAUGUGUUUAGAUAAUCGAGAUAACCAUUGAACCUCUUGUAUCGCACCAGAAAUAACGUGUCUUGUCUUCGCCCAACUCUGAGAGCGUGGAGCGGCAAAGACGCGAGACACGAGUCUCGCGUCUCGCGGCUUCUCCAUGCUCACAGGAUACGCGUGACCUCACUAUCUUUAAAAAAAUUAGAGACUGCUCGAAGUCUGUAUUCCGUUCAACCAUUUCAUAAGAGUGACGCGAGUCUUUCAAUUGAGUGAGAAAGUCACAAACCCAUUCUUUACCUCACGAGCGUAACCACUGACCACAGUAGGCUUCUCCUUUGACGCGGAAAUUGAAAUCGUAUUGAGUAUACAAAGUUAUAGUGUGUUCCUUUAGAUCUCUCGAACUUGCAUCACGUUGGAAACAAUUACAAGUACAGGAAGAAGUCGUUCGUUAGCGAGACGUUCAUUAUGUCUCAGGACUGCUUUUUGAAUAGUAAAGAUGGAAAAAACUUUGGUUGAUCGCGUGGCUUAAGCGGUUUGGUACGACUGUCUGAAUGCAAUGACGAAGUAAAACAUCAUUUGAUAAGCUGCCACCUGUCUAAAGAGGUCUUAAGUGAAAAUGAGCUAAUCUUGGCAAGGAUUGGCCUAUUUCACCUCGCUCAGGAGGAUAAACAAAAAAAAUGUGGAUUUGCUGUAGGUAUCGCCACACUUUGGGGAAGUUUUGGAAAAGUGCAAAGGUAACAUGUCAGUAUCCUGAUCAUGAUGGUGUCAGGAAGCGUAUCCAAGGCAGAGAUGUAAUUACCUUGCAUAUGUCUCAGGACAUUCAAAAGCUGUUUGGAUUUAUUAUUCCAGUUGAAUCAGGUAGUCUUCAGUAACGUUUUCUGUUAUAUAUUUUUGUCAAGUGACAUAUCUGCUCGAAAAGAGAAGAAAUUCUUUAUUAGAUGAAGGUUACUUAAGUACACAUCACGUUGAAAAAACAUAGAUCUACGUGUGAGUGCUUUUAAUUGCAGAUGGAAAUAUGUACAAUGUUGCUUGGUUGAUAAUCAAUAAUGUUUUUGUAGAAGGUUAAAUCACCUGACAACGCAAUACACUUAUUCGUGCGUACGGUUCACAAUUAUUUGCGGUCAAUUUUCCUCAGUUUGUAUGAUUCUCAUUAACCAGUACGAUUAAAUUUGCAGACUAAAACACCCCUUAUUUGAUUAAGAAUAAUAAAAGUAAACAGUGCAUCACGGUUUUCAAUUCCUGAUGGAUGCUACUGGGCUUUACUUUAGCUGAGAAAUUUGCAGUCGCUUACCUCAGCUCUCUGUAUCCCAUGCCGUAAGAGGCACAAGAAAAAAGUUGAUGAUAGUGAGUCUUGGCUGAGACAAGAAGAAUCAGAGAAGAAUCUACGGUCCCCAGAAACACCACUUUUAAACACGAGACAACUAAGGUAA